AUGGCGCUCUACGAACUCUACUCUCACCCUGCAGAGCGCAGCUACCGCGCGGGGCUGUGCUCCAAGGCCGCGCUGUUUCUGCUGCUGGCCGCCGUGCUUACAUACAUUCCACCGCUGCUAGUGGCCUUUCGGAGCCACGGGUUUUGGCUGAAGCGGAGCAGCUACGAGGAGCAGCCGACCGUGCGCUUCCAGCACCAGGUGCUGCUGGUUGCUCUGCUGGGACCGGACCGCGGCGGAUACCUCGCCUGGAGCACCUUCCCUGCCUUCAACCGGCUGCAGGGAGACCACCUGCGCGUCCCGCUCGUUUCGACUAGGGAAGAAGACAAGAACCAGGAUGGGAAAAUGGACGUGUUACAUUUUAAACUGGAGCUUCCUCUGCAGUCCACAGAGCACGUUCUCGGUGUACAGCUCAUCUUGACUUUCUCCUACCAGUUGCACCGGAUGUCAACAUUUGUGAUGCAGAGCAUGGCAUUUCUCCAGACUUCCUUCGCUGUCCCAGGGUCCCAGGUGUAUGUGAAUGGAGACCUGAAGCUGCAGCAGAGGCAGCCCCUAAGCUGUGAUGGUUUAGAUGUGCGAUACAACGUGUCUGUGAUCAAUGGGAGCAGCCCUUUCGCCUCUGACUAUGACCUCACCCACAUCAUUGCUGUCUACCAAGAAAGGAACGUCACCACUAUCCUGAUGGACCCUAACCCCAUCUGGCUGGUUGGCAGGGCUGCUGCAGCUCCGUUUGUGAUUAAUGCUGUCAUCCGGUACCCUGUGGAAGUCAUUUCCUACCAGCCAGGAUUCUGGGAGAUGAUAAAGUUUGCCUGGGUCCAGUAUGUCAGCAUCCUGCUUGUCUUCCUCUGGCUGUUUGAAAGAAUCAAAAUGUUUGUGUUUCAAAAUCAAGUGGUGACCACCAUCCCUGUAACGCCUGUGCCCCAGGGAGAACUGUAUAAAGAGCACUUAUCCUAA